GAUGAAGCCAUCCGCAGGCAAUAAAGCACAGAUCCACAACUGAUCCUCCUCAGGUCCACAUAAACAUGCGUCUAUUUGUCUCGCAGAGAAGAUGAUGGCAAGUUUUCCACCGGGAAAAACCUGAGGACCUGCGAAACGGAGUCUAAAACAUCUUUUUACGCACUUAUUUGGAUCUGAAACUUCGCAAGAACCCGUUUCAUCCAACUUCAUAACAACACCGGUUUCACGGAUUUUCCUGGUGCGUCUGAGUGUCGGUUUGGGACCUGGUGUGUGUCAGGGGGCUAUGGUGAGGCGAUGUGCGCAGGCUGGUGUGAGGAGAGACGUACCAGCAUCAGUGCAGGAAGACGGAGGGAUAAAGGAAAAGGGCUGGAUCUUCCUUCAUGGGUGUGCAUGUUGUUCUUGUUCCCGGCUCUGUGGGGCCAGGUGUCCCCUCAGUGCCCCGACAGCUGCCACUGUGCCUCGGACACUGCCACCGUGCUGUGCUCGGACGCAGGGCUACGGGAGAUCCCAGAGGGAAUCCCACCAGAAACUGUUUCUCUCCACCUGGAACGCAACUUCAUCCGGAACAUCCCAGAGAGUGCCUUCAGUGACCUGCUCCACCUGCGGGACCUGUACCUUUCUCACAACCGCAUCGACUCGCUCUCCUCAGGGGCCCUGCGGCACUUGGGGCCGGAGCUGCGCCUGUUGGACCUGUCACAUAACCAGCUGAGGCAGGCCAGCAGAGAGGACUUUGGCACCACUCGAGCAAAGACACGCCUCUAUCACAACCCCUGGCACUGUGACUGCACACUUCAGGAGCUGAUGGAGACUCUCAACCUGGAGCCUGAGACAGUGAACGGGAUCAUUUGUGAGAGCUCUGUUCGGGGGGUCGGUGAGGGCAGCAGGUGGGAGGACCCCGGGUCUCUGGGUGAGCAUGCAGGCCAACCACUGGUCAAACUGUUGGAUUCUGGGGUUAACUUCUGCAGCCUGCAGAGGAAAACCACCGACGUGGCUAUGCUGGUGACAAUGUUUGUGUGGUUCUUCAUGGUUAUUGUGUAUGUGGUGUACUAUGUAAGGCAGAACCAAGCUGAGGCCCGCCGGCAUUUGGAGUACCUGAAGAGUUUACCCAGCCCACGCAAGACCCCCACAGAGACUGAUACUCUCAGCACUGGUUUUUAGCUCUGUAGGUUGUAAUUAAAACGAAAUAAUCAAAUGCCAUUUUUAUGGAAAAUGACUAACUCCAAAACGCUGCGAGAAGCUACUGUAAACCACUGUGGAGAAUACGGAUAUGAAGGAAAUUAACCUUUUACAUCUGUGCUUUGUGACUGCACUAUUUCUUUAUGUUUGUUAAGAUAAAGCCAUCAAUGUUUGGUUUAUAUUUUUUCUAAAACAUUUUUGUGAAUUCAAUGAAACUCAAAGGAUGGGUUUGCGUUUACUUAUUCUGCCAUCUGCCCUAUAAAACAAAAAAGCGUGCAGGCUGAAAAAAGAUGAAAGGAUAAAAUAUUAAUGUUGAGAAAGUACAAAAAAAAA